GGUCAAAAAAGAAACGCCGAACAAUUAAGAGAGAGAAAGAAGACGAGUAUAGUACUAGUCGGCGCCGAGCAUUAUUAUUUUUCGGUUCUUCAGAGCUCCGGCGUCGUCGUCGCCAAUUGGUUUCAGAUCGAUCACUGUGGAGGCUAUGUGCUGGUUUAUUUGGUUAAAUUAGUCCCAGAGAGAAGAAUCAGUACUGUCUGGGCAAAUAGGAAUUUGGUGCUAUUAAAAUGGAUUUGGUAGCUAGUUGCAAGGAAAAGUUGGCAUAUUUUCGGAUAAAAGAGCUCAAGGAUGUUCUCACCCAAUUAGGUCUGUCAAAGCAGGGGAAGAAGCAGGAUCUUGUUGACCGGAUAUUGUCCCUUCUUUCUGAUGAGCAAGUUUCAAAAUUGUGGCCAAAGAAGACUGCUGUUGGAAAGGUACAGGUCGCAGAACUUGUAGAUGACACCUAUAGAAAAAUGCAAAUAUCUGGGGCUACCACUGAUUUAGCAUCGAAGGGCCAGUGCAUCUCUGAUAGUAGCAAUGUGAAAGUUAAAGGUGAAAUUGAUGAUCCCUUCCACUCAGAUAUGAAGGUUCGUUGUCUCUGCGGGAGUUCAUUAGAAACAGAGUCAAUGAUCAAGUGUGAGGAUCUGAGGUGUCAAGUGUGGCAACACAUCGGUUGUGUUAUAAUUCCAGAGAAGCCGAUGGAAGGCAAUCCACCAGUUCCUGAAUUAUUUUAUUGUGAACUCUGUCGACUAAGUCGAGCUGACCCGUUUUGGGUAACUGUGCUUCAUCCUUUACAUCCUGUGAAGUUGAAUGUUACUAAUAUUCCAACUGAUGGCUCAAACCCUGUACAAAGUGUGGAUAAAACGUUUCAACUCACAAGAGCAGACAGGGACUUGCUGUCUAAACCAGAAUAUGAUGUUCAGGCUUGGUGCAUGCUGUUAAAUGACAAAGUUUCCUUCAGGAUGCAAUGGCCACAAUAUGCAGAUCUACAGGUCAAUGGUAUGCCUGUUCGUGCCAUUAAUAGACCUAAUUCGCAACUUCUUGGAGCUAAUGGUCGUGAUGAUGGUCCCAUUAUCACACCAUACACGAGAGACGGAAUUAAUAAGAUUUGCUUAACAAUAUGUGAUGCCCGUAUUUUCUGCUUAGGGGUUCGUAUUGUGAAGAGGCGCACUGUCCAACAGAUUCUCAAUCUGAUUCCUAAGGAGUCUGAUGGUGAACGAUUUGAAGAUGCUCUUGCUCGUGUUUGUCGUUGUGUUGGUGGCGGUACUGCAAUGGAUAAUGAUGAUAGUGACAGUGACUUGGAAGUUGUGGCAGAUUCGUUCACCGUCAAUCUUCGAUGUCCAAUGAGUGGUUCAAGGAUGAAGGUGGCUGGUAGAUUCAAACCUUGUCUUCACAUGGGCUGUUUUGAUCUGGAUGUUUUUGUUGAACUAAAUCAGCGUUCAAGGAAGUGGCAAUGUCCAAUUUGUCUAAAGAACUACGCAUUGGAGAAUGUCAUUGUUGAUCCUUAUUUUAAUCGUAUCGCUUCCAAGAUGAGACAUUGUGGAGAAGAUGUUGCAGAGAUAGAGGUGAAGCCUGAUGGUUCUUGGCGAGCAAAGGUUAAAACUGAAAGUGAAUGCAGGGAACUUGGGGAACUUGGGUGGUGGCACCUUCCUGAUAGUACGCUUUGCAUUCCAACAAAUGGAGAAACUACCCCAAAAUCGGAGGUGUUGAAGCCGGUCAAACAGGAAGGUGUUUCAGAAGGUCAUACUGGUCUAAAACUUGGAAUCAGGAAGAACCGGAAUGGUGUUUGGGAAGUUAGCAGACCUGAAGAAAUGAACACUUCUUCUGGUAACAAGUUACAACAGCAGUUUGGAGAACAUGAGCUUAAAGUUAUCCCCAUGAGUAGCAGUGCCACUGGGAGUGGUAGGGAUGGUGAAGAUGCAAGUGUAAAUCAGGACGGUGGUGGGAAUUUUGAUUUCUCUACGAACAAUGGAAUAGAGAUGGAUUCUUUUUCUCUGAAUGUUGAUUCAGCAUAUGGAUUUGCAGCACCAAAUUCUUCUGCACCAGUAGGAGAUGCAGAAGUUAUUGUACUAAGUGAUUCAGAUGAAGACAUAAUGCCUUCUGAAACCAUUUACGGGAAUAAUUUUUCUGAUGCUGGUGGAAUUGGUUUUCCUGUGCCCUCUUCAGGAAUUGCUGAUUCUUACGGUGAAGAUCCUGUGCUUGCUAAUGGGGGUAAUUCAUGCUUGGGUCUUUUUAGUGGCAAUGACGAUGAAUAUCUGUCCAACUGGCCACCAUUACCUCCUGGAACUCAAGGUGGCGCUGGAUUCCAAUUAUUUAGCUCUGAGGCAGAUCUACCAGAUCCCCUAGUCAGUCUUCAUCAUGAUUCCAUAAAUUGUUCCACAUCUAUGAAUGGAUACACGUUGGCUCCAGAAGCUGCCAUGGGAUCUGCCACUCUAGCCCAUGAAUCAUCUGUUGGUCCUUUAGAUACUGACAUGAAUGAUGGCUUAGUUGAUAAUCCCUUGGCUUUUACUGGUGAUGAUCCCUCUCUUCAAAUUUUUCUUCCCACAAGACCAUCAGAUGCAUCACUUCAAUCCAAUAUGAGAGAUCGGGCUGAUGUGUCGAAUGGUGUUCAUUCAGAGGAUUGGAUAUCUCUUAGGCUAGGGGGUGAUGCCAGUGGCUUUAAAGGAGAAUCUGGGACUCCAAAUGGACAGAUUUCUAAAAGGCAUGUGCCAUCUAGAGAAGCUACAAUGAAUACUUUGGCUGAAGCUUCUUUGCUUCUCGGUAUGAAUAAUGACAGUGGCAGAUCUGACAAGAGAAGUAGGCCGAGAUCAAAUAGUCCUUUUUCAUUUCCUCGCCAAAAACGUUCUUCAAGAACACGGCUGUAUCUUUCCAUCGACUCUGACUCUGAGUAGAGGAUCUUGUAACCCUUUUUUUACCUUUCUGAGAACAACCACUUGCGCUUUAAUUUAUUCCUCCCUCCAAUAGAAGGCAUUCCCUGGAGUUGUCCAAUGAUUGACUAGAGGAUCUAGUUCAUGAUUUAAACUGUGAAGAAAGACUAAUUUUGGGUUCCUGUUGAGAGAUAAAGUGUUUAGUGUGGUACAAGGCGACUGGGGUAGGACAUAUUGCUAAUAUACUGUGUACUUACUAGCACUUCACCCGAACCUUCCAAGGUUCUCCUUGAUUCUGCAAGCUGAAUGCCUUCAUUCAUCAGGUACCCCAGUUUCUGAUACCUGUUGGGGUUCAAGUUCUCUCUUUCAGUGAUGAUCUGCAGGUCAGUGCCUGUAUUUGUACAGGAACCUGAAACCCUAUUUGUACAGGGAAUAGGGUUGUGAAUCCAAAAAUUUGUGAUUUAAUCCAUCUAUCUAAAUGGUAGAUGCGGUGGGGGAACCCCAUCAAAGAUAUACAAAAUAGCUUGCAUUGUCUCGGUUUUGUAAUCAGAGCAAUAGCUUGUAAAUAUUCACUCAGAUCAGUUGUUUAUAGAAAGUCAUAUUUUUUUUGUUUUUGAAAUUGAUACUUUUGUUCAUCUACCACUGUUGAUGCCCAUUAUGUUGGGGCAUGCUAUUUCUAUCAACUUGGAAGUCCAUGAAGAGUACAGGAAGCAUGGCCAUUCUGUGUAUCACUCUGAUUACUCAGACUAGAACUGUCGAAAUUAGAGCAUUACAGUUCAUGUGAUUGAACUCAAGACUUCACUUUUAGACUUGUAAUUGGGAUGAACUGAUAUUCUU